CGCGUUUGGCCGUCUCGCGAUGAAAAAGAAAAUUGACCAAAAGAAAGCGGAAGAGUUAGUGCAAGCAUAUUUGAAAAGUGGACCCAAGUGCCCUUCCUACCGCGGGUUUCUGGACCACUCUUUGUUCGCCUUUCGUGGUCUGGAGCGCUGGGAUCAAAGGUAUGCGAACGGCCAUCUUUGGAAGGCCUUCAAGGACAGUGUAGGCCCAGCCGCGGUUUACAACAAAAAGGACGUUGGAACGUUUUGGCGGGAGAUGUUUCCCAGGUCACUCUUUGUUCGAGGACCUUUCACGCUAGACCACAGCGUGAACGCGCCAGUCAGUGUAGGACAUAGUCAGGGGCACAUUACUGGUGUAGAUCAAAGCCGCCAGAACGUGUAUUGUACCAAACUCAACCAGAAAAAGCGCACCCUAUCACCGAGUCCUGAGGUGCUGCAGAAACGCAUCCGGGCCUAUUCUCCCGCGUCAGAUUAUGACGACACGCUGUCCGAGGAUGGAUUUUCCGAGCCGGACUCCCUCUUCGACGUCAUCGCGCCAUCUGGGCUCCCCGCCGAAGAGAGAGUUUUCGAUGGUGAUCAGCCUCUUCCAUUCGCUCUUUUGUCACCGACAAAUCUUUCUGCACAGCUCGAGAAUAUCUUGGAGUCUCAAUUGGGAUUGUCGGGAACAAAGGAGCAAAAACGUGAUCCCUUUUUGCAUCGAAUCGUUGACCUUACUGGAUCAAUUAUAGGUCAACCCCAAUCUGUAUCCAGCCACCUUUCAAAUGACAUGAAAAAAUCUGUGAAGGAUAUCAUUGGUGCAGUCCUAACCCGUGCGGAAUGGCAACAGGUCGACAGUGACGUGAACAGUUUAUUCAAUGUGAUGAAGCAUAUACCUGCCGAUGAGUUGGUUCGCCUAGGUCGAGAAUCUAAAGUCGAAGGUUUCCGCAAAACACUUACAGACAUGUUGGAAAUGGACGAGGGGCUGACGGCACCCACCAAGAAUGGAGGCUUCAUUCGCAACUUGUUAACUUCAGUGACGGCAUCCAAAACGGCAUCCAAGAAGGUUGCGACCUCUGUUGCCAUUGACAACAAGGAUGUCCAAUAUGUGUUGAAUCUCUUGUAUGAGGUUUCAGAAUUGUCUGUCACUGCAAGAAGCGAGCGUGACCUUGACAUUGACGUCCAUCAACACUUGCUGUUGUGCCUCCGAGGUGUUGUGGACAAGCACUAUGGAGAACUCGAGUCGCGUGCCUCCCGGGACAGGCGUAUCAGGACUGGUGGAAAGACAAGGGGUGCAUCUCUAGACUGGCUGUUUACCAGCCAUGCCGCUGACUCGAGCACAACAUGGGGUGUGGAAUUUGGGGCCGCUGCCAACAUUGGGUCAAGCACAGUUGGUCGAAAACCAGUAACAGACAGAUGCGGCUUAUACAUAAUUUUACGUGACAUUCAUAUUGCAAUGUCGCGACGCAUCCUCGAUAUCCGCCGUUUUGACGACACAAAUGCUGUGAGGAAAGCUGUGGCUCAGCUCCCUGUUCCAGGCAUCAUUCUUCACAAUUUCCGUUAUGUCUUGGUGGCGGUUGUGUACUUGGAGGGGGGAUGGUAUGUCACGGAGCAACUUGGAGUUUUUGAACUCCCAGUCUUUGCUAUGAAGAAUAACUUUGGUGCACAGCUGGUAGCUGCUGCUCGGCAGAUGCUACACUUCCGGAACAUCUUGCGAUCAUUAAGAGACGCUUACUUUCAACUAAUUGACACGGAGGUUAAAAUAGCUGCAGAUCCAUUUGAUGGUAGCAAAGCUUGGAUCACACCGGCUUAAGAAUAAAUACAUAUAUGCCUUUGUUGCGAGUCAGUAAUUGUUAUCUAUUCUUCUAACACUGCAGUAAUGUUUUGGCCAGCCUUUGUUG